ACCGUGUCAAGAUCGCCCGCAACGCCGAGGGAAUCGACGUCAACCCGUCUGUGCAGCACAUCCUCAACUGCGGCGGCGUGCGCAGCUGCCACGGUGGAUCGAUCGACGGAGUGUACCAGUGGCUGAAGAAGAUCUCCGACAGCGCCAGUGGGCUGAGCUAUGCGACUGCCCAGCCCCACAUGGCGUGCUCCUCGGAGUCCACGGAAGGCUUCUGCAAGCACGCCGACUGGACGUGCAAGCCCGAGAACAUUGCGCGCACCUGCGGGAGCUUCGACCACGAGGGCGGCGCUUGCUCCGGCCUCAGCUCGUACCCGAACGUCACCAGUUCCGACUACGGCUCCAUCAGCGGCAAAGAUGCCAUGAUGAAGGAGAUCUAUACCCGCGGUCCUAUUGCCUGCGGCAUCGACGCGAACUCGCUGCUGAACUACGAAAACGGCGUGAUUACAACGCCGAGCGAGUCAAUCGACCAUGUUGUAUCGGUCGUCGGCUGGGGCAAGGACGAGGAGAACGGCGGCUAUGGGAUCGUGCGCAAUUCGUGGGGCGAGCAUUGGGGCGAGAUGGCUGGACACCUGGACGACGUCAUCGUUGCCGACCUGUGCGGCCUCGACGGCUACGGGGGGCUGACCUGUGCUCCCUCUACGGCUCGCGCUCGCUGCGGCGCCGCAGGCCCAGGCGCCCGCGCUGCGCGGCGCUUGCAGCUGCUCUUCCGGCUCGCGGUCGCCGAGCACCUUCCUCGACUUGCUGAGCCAUGCUGGACCACCGCGGCGGAAUCGUUCUACCUCCGGCACGUCCGAUCGUGUGCAGCCUCCCCGACGGGUUGCACGACCAGCGGAGGUUUCUCCGUGACCGGCCCAGCGGGAGCUCCGGGACUGUUGCUGAACACGCUGCGCCAGCUGGCGAACAUCUUCGGCCAUAUGUUCGACGUGAUCGUUCGCCUCGCCGCCUGCGCUAUCAGGAUCGCCUGGCUGUGCUCGCGCGAGGUCCUGCGAUCUCGGGGGCUCGUCUUCCUGCGGCCGCUUCCCGUCGCAGCGAUGCAUCGCCUGCUGAGCGGUGGCGGCGCAGCUCACACGACCCUUGCGGUCCUCCUGAUAACGCUCGUUCGGCUGGACGUUCGCACCCGCCUCUCCGCAUGCCGCGCCCUGAGCGCGGUCGCGGCUGGUCGGAUCAGGAGCCUGUCGCUCCCAGCUCUGCCAGAGCACGCCCUGGAGAUCUCCGCCGCAGUCUGA